AUGUCCACAACCUCAGCCCGAGCACGCCUCGCUCUCAUAGCCCUCCUCUCCGCCGCCACGUUCUACUGUUUCUACAAAUCUCGCCGCCUCAAACAGCGCAAAAAGCUCACCUUAAACCCUAACCCUAGCUCCUCCUCGCCUCGCACCGGCAAGCUCUUCUUCAUUUCCCAAACCGGAACCUCCAAAGCCCUAGCUCGCCGUCUUCUCGAUCUCCUCGCCGCCAACGGCCUCGCCUUCGAGCUCGUCGACGCCGCCAGCUACGAGCCGGAGGACCUCCCCAAGGAGGCGCUGGUACUCAUCGUCGCCUCCACCUGGGACGAUGGACAGCCGCCGGCGAGCGCCAGGUUCUUCACGAACUGGCUGGCGGAGAGCUCCGAGGACUUCAGAGUGGGGUCCAUGCUGCUCUCGCGGUGCAGAUUCUCCGUGUUCGGCGUCGGGAGCCGAGCCUACGGCGUGUCGUUCAAUGCGGUGGGGAGGGAGUUGUCGAGGAGGAUGAGGGCGCUGGGCGCCGCCGAGAUAUUGCCGGUUUGGGAAGGUGACGUGGACGACGGGGACAUUGACGUGGUCUUUGAGGCUUGGAGUGGUAAGCUGAUGAGGUUUUUGAAGGGCGGUGAUGCCGAAAACGGUGUCGCAUUGGGUAAUGGAGGUGAAGCUGAGUACUCUGACGUGUCGGAUGAUGAAGAGGAGGAGGAGGAGGAGGCUGUGGUGGAGUCCGGAGUUGUUGAUCUUGAGGACAUUGUAGGUAAAGCACCUUCAAGGGGAGCGGUGACGGAGGCCAAAGCUAAUGGGACAGUGAAUGGUAAAAGAGAUAUGGUCACUCCGGUGAUUCGGGCCAGUUUAGUGAAGCAGGGGUAUAAAAUUAUUGGUUCGCAUAGUGGUGUCAAAAUUUGUAGAUGGACAAAGUCGCAACUUAGAGGCCGAGGUGGUUGUUACAAACACUCGUUUUAUGGCAUAGAAAGUCAUAGGUGCAUGGAGACAACCCCUAGUUUGGCAUGUGCCAAUAAAUGUGUUUUCUGUUGGAGACAUCACACAAAUCCUGUUGGAAAGAGUUGGCAGUGGAAGAUGGAUGAUCCAUUAGAGAUUGUGAAUACUGCCAUAGACCUGCACAGUAAAAUGAUUAAGCAAAUGAAAGGAGUUCCUGGAGUUACAUUGGAGAGAUUAACAGAGGGUCUUUCUCCCAGGCAUUGUGCCUUGUCACUUGUUGGUGAACCUAUUAUGUAUCCAGAGAUUAAUACACUAGUGGAUGAGCUGCAUCGUAGACGGAUUUCUACUUUUCUAGUCACAAAUGCUCAGUUUCCUGAAAAGAUUAGAAUGCUGAAACCUAUUACACAGUUAUAUGUUAGUGUGGAUGCUGCAACUAAAGAGAGUUUGAAGGCAAUUGACAGACCACUUUUUGGAGAUUUUUGGGAGCGAUUCAUUGAUUCCCUGAAAGCUCUCAAGGAAAAACAGCAGCGAACUGUUUAUCGCUUAACUUUGGUGAAAGGGUGGAAUACAGAAGAAAUUGAGGCUUAUUAUAACAUCUUUAGCAUUGGUAACCCGGAUUUUGUUGAAAUCAAAGGAGUUACAUAUUGUGGAUCAUCCGCUACCUCAAAGUUGACGAUGGAGAAUGUGCCCUGGCAUGCUGAUGUUAAAGCUUUUUCAGAGGCCUUGGCUUUGAGAAGUAACGGCGAGUAUGAGGUUGCUUGUGAGCAUGUCCACUCAUGUUGUGUCCUCCUGGCAAAAACUAAAAAGUUCAAGGUCAAUGGGCAGUGGUUCACAUGGAUCGACUAUGAAAAGUUUCAUGAUCUGGUGGCUUCUGGAAAACCAUUUGACAGUAAUGAUUAUAUGGCUGCCACACCUUCAUGGGCUGUUUAUGGGGCAGUGGAAGGUGGAUUUGAUCCCUAUCAAUCUCGAUAUAGGAAGGAGCGACAUCACAGAUCAAACCAAUGACUGACCAGGUUAGACAUGGAGCUUUAGGAAUCAUUUUGUUUGCAGUCUUAUGUGAAACAGUUUUGCACUACAUAACUAUAGAUAUAGUCAUGAGUUUGUAUUCUAGUUAUCCCCUGCUUAUCUAUCGGAAGAAGAUUGCUCUGAUAGUUUUGAAUUCAUUGCUUGAUUAAAGAGAGAAGUUCCAUCUAGUGUAGAGCUCAUUAUGUAUUCCUGUUUAAGCAAAUUUCAUCAUGUGGUAGUAACAAGUCUUUAACAAGAAGACAGUUCACCUUUGUAACAGCAAGACGAACCCUAUUUGAAUCAAUUAGACUUGAGACAUGUGGAUCGAAUUCCUGUUCAAGAUAGUUGUGUUUUAAGGAGCUGAGAUUGAUCCCUAUUCAAUAGUAGCCUAAAGAGAAACUCUGUAUGCUGUCUUUAAUCAUGUACUAGUCUGCUAUGCAACUUUUAGUGUUGAGGUACUUUUGAAAUUAUCUGCCAGGUCGUUCUAUAUAUGGAUAUUGGUGUCUUCUGCUGGAACCUUUCAUUUCGUAGGCACCUUUACACAUCAGCUACUGGGUUCUGGCAUUAUUUUUCUUUCUAUCACUCUAUUCGUGUUUAUUAAAUGACUCGUGAUUACUGCUAGGCAAAAGAAAUCAUGUCAUAACAGAUAUGUCCUAUUCCAACCCUUAGUCUAUCCAAUCAGUGAGUUUAUUUCAGGAGCCCACAGUUUUCUUCUUGAUGGUCUGAACUCAGCCAUGGUUGUC